GUGUGUUCUUCGUGAGUGUAUGUAUCAAGGAUAUAAUAGUUUUAUUCAUUCGGGAACAAGGCACCUCAGACGGAGCAACGUCACCUGCACAGCCUUGAUUCACACUGAGGAGUGUUUUAACUGAAGAACUUUACUGUGAGACAAGAUGUUUCAGAUUAAAAAGAUUUGCUGUAUAGGCGCUGGGUAUGUUGGUGGUCCGACAUGUAGUGUCAUUGCCAGCAUGUGUCCCGAGAUCACAGUAACGGUGGUGGAUGUUAAUGAAUCCCGGAUCAAAGCCUGGAACUCAGAUACCCUGCCCAUCUAUGAGCCGGGUCUGAAUGAAGUGGUGUUGUCUUGUCGUGGGAAGAACCUCUUCUUCUCCACAGAUAUCGACUCUGCCAUUAAAGAGGCUGAUCUGGUCUUUAUUUCUGUAAACACCCCAACUAAGACGUACGGUAUGGGCAAAGGUCGUGCUGCUGACUUGAAGUUUAUUGAGGCAUGUGCACGCCGCAUCGUGGAGAUGUCGGACGGGUAUAAAAUUGUUACGGAGAAGAGCACCGUGCCGGUCCGUGCAGCUGAGAGCAUCCGUAGGAUAUUUGAUGCAAACACCAAACCUAGCCUCAACUUACAGGUUCUCUCUAACCCAGAGUUCCUUGCGGAGGGUACAGCAGUGAAGGACCUGAAGGACCCAGAUCGUGUCCUGAUUGGUGGAGAUGAGACUCCAGAGGGUCAAAGGGCUAUCAGUGCUCUCUGUGCAGUUUAUGAGCACUGGGUCCCCAAAUCACGCAUAAUCACCACCAACACCUGGUCCUCUGAACUUUCCAAACUGGCAGCGAAUGCAUUCCUGGCUCAGCGCAUCAGUAGUAUAAACUCCAUCUCUGCCCUGUGUGAAUCCACUGGCGCUGAUGUUGAGGAGGUGGCCAGAGCCAUCGGCAUGGAUCAGCGCAUUGGGAGCAAGUUCCUCAAAGCCAGCGUGGGUUUUGGAGGAAGUUGUUUUCAGAAGGAUGUGCUAAAUUUGGUGUAUCUGUGUGAGGCACUGAAUCUCCCAGAGGUUGCUUCAUACUGGCAACAGGUGAUAGACAUGAACGAAUAUCAGAGAAAGAGAUUUGCCUGUCGGAUCAUUGACUGCCUGUUUAACACAGUUACAGGGAAGAAAAUCGCCUUGUUAGGUUUCUCUUUCAAAAAGGACACAGGAGACACCAGAGAGUCGUCCAGUAUCUAUAUCUCUAAGUAUCUGAUGGACGAAGGAGCCAAGCUGCAUAUUUAUGAUCCUAAAGUGCUAAAGGAGCAGAUAAUCCAGGAUUUGUCUCAACCCAGCAUCUCCGGAGACAGCCCAGGGAGAGUUUGUGAUCUUGUAACGGUGACGUCAGACCCUUACGAGGCGUGUGAAAGUGCACACGCCCUGGUCAUCUGCACAGAGUGGGACAUGUUUAAGGAUCUGGAUUAUGAGAAAAUAUAUCACAAGAUGUUGAAACCAGCAUUUAUCUUUGAUGGACGACGAGUCCUGGACCAUCUGCACCCCCAACUACAGAACUUUGGCUUUCAGAUCGAGACCAUUGGAAAGAAGGUAACGACCCGAAUCCCCUUCACACCAUCUGGAGGAGUUCCACGAAUCAAUGAACCACCCAUCAAGAAAGCCAAAGCCUAAGACACUGACACACACACACACACACAUGCAUGUGCACUUUAUAUUGAUUAAAGUCUUUUGCUAAGAAAACCAAAUCAAUGUGUGACCGUUCCUGGAAAACUACAGACUCCUCUGUUUGUAAAAAUGCAUGUGCUCUGUGUGUGUUGAACUGUUUAACAGAAUGUUUUUUAUCUCUCAUAUCUGUUAGCAAAAUGCAG